AUUUAUACAUUAACAUAACCACUGCUCAUCACUCAGCUCCAAAGCAUAGGACAAAACCGCCUUCAGUUUCUUUGGGAUCCCAACACCAACAAAGCAUGAAGCAAAAACUUGUUAUCAAGGUGGAAAUGCAUUGUGAAAAAUGCAGAAACAAGGCGUUGACCAUUGCUGCAGAUGUCAAAGGUGUAACUUCGGUGGCACUAGAAGGAGAUGACAAAGACCAAGUAGUGGUUACCGGCAGCAAUAUCAACACGAUUUGCCUUUUGAACCAGCUUAACAAGAAGUUCAAGCGUAGCGUGUCGAUCCUCACAAUAGAAGAUUUGAAGAAAAAGGAGGAGGAAGAGAAGAAGAAGAAAGAGGAAGAGAAGAAAAAGAAAGACGAAGAAGAAAAGAAAAAGAAGGAACAACUAGAGAAGGCAUACGCCCUUUUGUGUCAUGCAUUGAAUUGUUCUGGCAAGUGUGAUUUCUGCUCAAAGUGCGACAUGACUAAGUGUCAAUGCAAGUGUGUCAUUAUUGCAUGCUCAAAAUGCAAGGGGAAGUGUGAAAAGUGUGACAAGUGUGAAGGCCCCAAAUGCAAAUGCAAGUGUGAGUUGGCAUGUUCAAAGUGUGAAAUCCCUAAGUGUGAUGGAAAAUGUUCUAAGCCUCUUCCACCACCAUACUACAUUAAUUGCCCUCCAUGGUACAAUAAUCCUCCACCUUACUACUGUGAUAGGGUUGUUUAUGAAUCAAACCCUGACAAUUGCUCCAUCAUGUGAUCAAUUAAUUCAUAGUAAGAUGUUCGGAAUAAUGUUCUCUGUGAUUGUCACGAUUGUAUUUAAUUUGGUGUAUGUGUUCAAUUUCGCAUUGAUAAUAUUUCGUGUAAUUUCCGGAAUUGCUUUCCUAUGCAAGUUUGUAAUAUGAGAAUUUGGGAUCAAAUAAACUUCUCCAUUUAUCUUUCU